CCUCCCUGAGCAGAAGAGUUCUAAAAUAGUUCAAGUUACCGCGUUUCCAUCAACAUCGAUAUGCACAUCAAAUGAGGUAGACAUCAUGACUAUGGUCACAAAGCGAUGCCCAAUUUUCUGUUCCAAAACGUGUUCAAAGCAGCAUCAUCCACUCCUCAUUGCUCUCAUCAACACCAACACGACGGAAAAUGGUGAAACGUCAUUCACAGCACUUGAAGCAACCAUUUCUCGUUAUGUUAAGCUUGGUAAAUGGUCAGUAUGCGAUGAUAUUUAUGACCCUGAUCCAACAUACAGAUACCCAUUGCUUCACUGGGCAGCAUGUCUAGGAAAAGUUACAGUCGUGAAAUGGCUAGUUCAUCGAGACAAAGUGAGUGUAUUUGCCAGACAUUUAAGCACCUAUGACACAGCAUUACAUAUGGCUGUCCAAAGUCUUCAGAAAACCUGUCAGAAAGAGGCUAGUCAAGUGUUUGGGAAGCUUGUGCCGAUCCUGGCGGGUUCUUUGGCUUGCCGUAACUGCAACGGUGAUACUCCCCUCCACCUAAUUUGCCGAAGCCUUCUCCAUGAAAAGCCGAGGGUGGAAUAUUUUACCGAAUGUGUCUCCAGUAUUCUUAAGUUUGCUGCUUCUAGAGGUGGAGGUUUUCCUGCCACCAUUGUAAAUUCUCAAAACAAUGACGGGAAUACGCCUUUGCACAUUGUGGCCCAGAAAGACCAUACCUUAAAUAUCAUUAAGAUGAUGAUGGAACUUGGCAAGGUGGACCUUAAUCUCGUAAAUAGUCGGCAACAGAAUGCUCUAAAAGUUGCCAUUGACCUUGGCCAGAUGAAGACAUCAGCGUAUCUUCAUCAUCUGGUGGAAAAGGCACCCAAAAACAGAGAUGGUUCAAUCAAAUGUCUGAUAGGUCCUAAACAGCUGGGUUUAAAAGACACAACUGUGGUUGACAAUGACACUAAUAAUUCUGCCUCAGAUACAGCAAAGAAAAGCCAAGAGAAAGGUGAAGAGAAGAAUAUUGACAAUUCUCCAGCUUCAGUCUGUAAUGUUUCAAGUACAGAAGACAGUACAAUGGAAAUUUCCAAUACUGACUCUAACCAAAAUCAAAGUAAUUUAGAGAAGAGAGCUGAGGAUAGCAGUUCAUCAGCACCUCAAGCCUCAUCAAACUCUCCUUCAUCAACUUCUUCCAUUCAGCUGGAACCUAUUUCUGUUCACCCAGAAGUCCAAUCAAAUACCUUAAGGAACAACUAUACUGAAUCAAUAAUGCCAGUGCAAGCGAUAAUUGCCAAACAGACUGGAAAAGAUUUACCUAAUCGCUGCUCUACGACUUCCUCUGUUUCUUCUGAAUCCUCUCUGGCACCAUCAAUUUCAUCCGACACUGCAAC